GAAAGUGGUGGCAAAGUCUUUGUAACAGUUACUAUUAAUCUAUCUAUCUUUUCCUCUUCUUCAUUCAUACAAACCUCUCUUUUUCUCAUGUCACCAUCACCAACUACACCUUAAUUGCUUCAAACUAUCACAAUCCACCACUUAAGAACCCAUAUUCUACCAAUUUUCAUCAUAACUCAAUCUUUGAAUUCAUUUUGAUCUUUCAUAUUAAGUUUUGUUAAUUAGCAUAAUGGAUUCUGAGAAUGAGGUUGCUCUGGAGGAAGAGAAACGUGUAAUUGGUGUGAUGGAUAAGAAGGAUGUAAAUAAAGAAGAUGCAAACGUUUGUGGUGAAGAAAUUCAAAAUGAGAAUGAAGCAUCUAAGGUUGAAAGCCAUGUUUCUAGUAAUGACACCGUUGAAUCUGAAGCAUCAAAACAUGCUAAGGAAACAAAGAGUAGAGAAAGUGUUGCUUCCAAGAACAACAAAGUUGGCAAAGAUAAGUCCAAUUUGAAGGGACCAACUUCAACAUCUAGAAAACAAAGGCCAAGCCUUUCUCAGAGUUUUUCCUUCCCAGCCAAAUCAAAUCGAGAAGAUUCUAUGCAGAAAAGCAUUGAUGGUUCUCUUGUUAAGACCAAAGCUAAAAAUGUGAAAUCCUCCAAUCUUCAUCAUUCAAGCAAGUCGACAAACUCUGAAGGGAAAUCAAAUGAGGCAAAAACAAACACUGAAGGUUGUAAUAAGAGGACUACUUUGUCAUCCAUAAAUGGUUCGAAAAAUUCUGUGUUUGGAAGGUCUACUUCACUUGGGGGAGUCAACAAGAGUCACACUUCUGAGGCAUCCAUAAGUGCUACUCAUCCUCAGAGAAACAUAAGUUCAGGAUUUUCAUCUAGAUUGGAAGUAAGAGCUGAAAAGAGAAAGGAGUUUUUCUCCAAGUUGGAAGAAAAAGUUCAAGCCAAGGAAGCAGAAAAAUCCAAUCAACAAGUCAAAUCAAAGGAAAACCAAGAGGCAGAGAUCAGGCAAUUGAGAAAGAGUUUGAGUUUCAAAGCCACUCCAAUGCCAAGUUUCUAUAAGGAACCACCUCCAAAACUUGAGCUAAAAAAGAUACCAACAACCCGGCCAAGAUCUCCAAAGCUUGGAAGGAACAAAGAGUCUUCUUAUUCAAGUCCACGUGGGAAUCAGCAGCAUAAUGAUUCAGACAAGGCAAAUAUCAUAAAGGGUCAUAAAGAUGUGAUUUCAAAGAAACCAAUCAUGAAAACUCAAGAUAAAAUGAAGAGUGAAGAAAAUGAAACCAAAGCAAGCAAUGAAGAAUGCACAAAUAACUUGGAGCAACAGUUUGAGACAGAUCAUUCUGCAAAUGAUCAUGCACUGUCUUUAAAUUUUACUACACCUGAGAUUGUAUCACACGAGGCUACUGUUGGAGUGUAGAAAGAAUCAUAUAAUUAUGUAUGAUUAGGGAUCUAUAUGUUAUUUAUAUUUUUGUUGUGAAUAUAGAGCUUGCUUUCAUCAUAAACGUGUAUUGCAAGCAACAAAAUGUUGUUUUUUAACUUUGUGU